AUGUCUUUUUACACGCAAAGAAGAAUGCUCGUGUCGAAAACAGUGCAACUAACGGUGCUGACGGCAGCGGUCCUGUGGGGGUCGCGGACGGACGCGGCUACUUCCGCUGUGAAGCUGUGCGGCCGGAAGCUCGGCGAAAUCAUGAGCAGAGUCUGCCACGCUUACAACAGUCCCUCUUGGGAUGUGCCUACAGUGGUCGAGCAACCAGCCGCUGUGGUCCGGCGGAGGCGACAAACCGGUAUUGCUGACGAGUGUUGCACGUACGGAUGCACCUGGGAACAGCUGAGCGAGUACUGCGCAGUCAGCGCCAACUCGGAAUCACCGCUGGACUCCAUGGAAUCGCACAUGAUCGAGAACCGUUCGGCUGAAUCCAGCGCGGUGGGUGCGAGUAGAGUCGCAAGUGCGAGAAGUGAGGGUGCGGAGCUCUCGCCAGCGGCGGUAGGCAGCGAACAGUACGCGGGGCCGCGCGAGGUGGGCCGCGCUCGGAGUGGCGGGUACGGGCGCGCGGGCUGGCGCCGCCGCUGUCGGUGCCGCGGCCGACGCUCAGGCCGGCGGCGCCCAACCCUCAUGGGUAACAUGGUGUGUCUGACAUACGCCACCGUCUUGUUCUCUUUAUUUCUCACUAGUGAUGCCAAUUUUAUUAUUAAAGGAAAAUCACUGUUCCGACAAAUCUAA